AGAAGUAAGUAACUGAAUCACACUGGUAGCAAACUGAGAUUGUUUUCACUCCGGUAGUAGACUGAGAUUGUUUUCUUCUUCCAUAUUAUCCACAAUGUAAGUAUGGUCAGCAACGACCUAAGAUGAAGGCAGACGAUGGCGCGCUGCUAGUUGAGGAUAUGUUUACGUAACGCACGACACAUUAUUUGCUCCGCACUUUUAUUUCCUGCGAUCCACUAGGUAGAGUUUAGGUUUACAACAUGGGGAAGUCGCCGCGAUCCCAGAUGACGAGAGCAGGAUCGGGCUACUCCUUGUCCUUGUUCGCGCAGUACCUGCUGCUCGGUGCUAGUGCGCCUUCUGGUACCGUUCUCGCGGAAAAUAACAUCUCCGGACGAGAUCAUGACGAGACCUACAAAAGCUCGAGGCAGUUUCGGCGUCGCGGUUCUUCAUCUACUGCAACGGACUUGCAUCCUCGUCGUGGUGAUCCUCCAGUAGAGCGGCUACUAGCCACACGCUUGCUUGCUCCUCAGCACGGUCUUCACAAGACGACGGAUCUUCCAGCAGGGGAACAGCUUCAAGAAGACGAGGGCACCACGCCAGGGCAACAAGGGGCCACGGCCGGACGCAGAGAUGGCCGCGAUGCUGAUGAACACAGAAAACGAGAAGAUCAAGAUUCUGCUUCUGUUUUUCUCGGAACAACGACGGGGAAUGUGGUCGUGCUGUCUGAAGAUCGUAUCAACCACGACGGGGACCACGACGACUACUACACCGCACUGCAGCAAAACACGCAGCGCCGCAGCUUUCUCCUCGACGUCCAGCAGGAAACAAUUUUGCGAGAAGAAAGAAAAAGGGACAGCACUGCGUCCCUGUACGCUCCUGCUGGUGGAGCGAAUCAACUUCAGAUUUACUCUGAUAUUACAACAACUGCUGGCAGCAACUACCCUCUCAGUAGUAGUUCCUCUGGCAGCUCCACUAGUACCACAGCAACCUCCAGUCCGGCCCUAAGCUCCGCGUUGCAGCUACUUGACCCCGUCGAUGGUACUAUCAAAAACAAGCAAACGGGUCGUGUGGUGCAAAAAGCCGAGUCGCUAUCCCCGGUAGAAGUUGAGCAGCAGCUUGCUUCGCAGUUGGCCGCGUCGGUGGCAAGGCUGCAGACGUCCGAAUCGUCGCUGUUCACGCUGUUGACAGCGGCAAACGCGACACUGACGGACCUAGAGCGGGGGAGUCACGGUCUUCACACGAACACGACGACCAACGCUGACAAUGUGUCGGAUGUGCGGCUCAAAGGGCAGAUGGCCGUUCGUGUGGUGCGCGACCUGCUCGCGUUGCUCGAGACCCUGCUGGAGUGA